GGGCCGCACAACUUCCCGGGAGCUGGAGCCAAAGUGAGCGCAAAGUGCUGCCCAAGUUCCCGGGAUGGAGCUGCAGAGCCGGCCCGAGGCGCUCGCGCUGGAACUCGCACGCCCCCAGAACGGCGACCUCAAGAAGCAGCUCCACGACAGGCAGCCGCGGAUCGCCGCGCUCAGCGACAAACAAGCUCUGGGCGCCAUUACUGCAGUGCCUGUCACGGGUCCUCAGGUCAGCUCCUUGCAGAGGCUGGCCGGGCAAGGAGCAGCCGUGCUACCUCAGGUUAGGCCAAAGACACUGAUUCCUGACAGCCUCCCCAUUACUCCUGGCCGGGACCGGCCACCCAAACAACCGCAAGCCUUCCAGAAGGCCACCGUGGUCAGCAUCAAGAACCCCAGCCCUGCCCUCCCCACUGCCAACAACACCGUCAGCCAUGUGCCAACGCCCGGAAGCCAGCCCCAGGCCCUCACCGAGCCCACUGCCAUCACCUCGCCGCUGAGCAGUGCUGGGGUGGCCUAUGCCAUCAUCUCUACUUCCCCCAGCAAUGCUGCCACCAUUGCCCCCAGCACCACCGUGUCCGUGGUCCAUGACAGCACCAAAGUCCAGCCCCUGCUCAUCAGUGCCGACAGCCAGGUCAUCAUCCUCCAGCCGCAGGUGCAGGCGCAGCCCGAGAGCCCAGUGGAGCCGCAGCCGCCCACGGAGGAGUCAUCUCAGGGAGCUCAGGCCACCAAAACGACGAAGGAAGAUGGGGCCUCAAGCCAGGAGGACCCUGAGAAAAUCGCCUUCAUGGUAGCCCUGGGCCUGGUCACAACAGAGCACCUGGAAGAGAUCCAGAGCAAGCGGCAGGAACGCAAGCGAAGGAGCACGGCCAACCCCACCUACAGCGGCCUCCUGGAGACCGAGAGAAAGCGGCUGGCCUCCAACUGUCUCAGCCCCUUGUUCCUUACAGCCAGAGCCAAUGAGGAACCCUGCUGGAAGAGCGACAUCACCCACGAAGAGCACUGCGCCACCUGCAAGCGUGGGGCUGACCUGCAGCCCUGCGGUGCGUGCCCCUGCGCCUACCACCUCAGCUGCCUGGACCCGCCCCUCAGGACAGCGCCCAAGGGCGUGUGGCUGUGCCCCAAGUGCCAGCAGAAGGCCUUAAAGAAGGAUGACGGUGUGCCCUGGACUGGCAUGCUGGCCAUUGUGCACUCCUAUGUCACGCACAAGACAGUGAAGGAAGAGGAGAAGCAGAAGCUGCUGCGGCGAGGCAGCGAGCUGCGGAGUGAGCGUCAGCAGCUGGGCGAGCGGGACCGGCAGCUGGCCUCGGCCGUGAAGAAAUGCCUGGAGCUCAAGACAAGCUUGCUGGCGCGCCAAAGGGGCACCCAGUCGUCCCUGGACCGCCUCCGAGCCCUCCUGCGACUGAUCCAGGGCGAGCAGCUGCUCCAGGCUGCUGUGGCGGCCACAGGCCCCGCCCCGCUGGUGGCCGUGCCCUGGACCAAGCCUCCAGCCUCAGCCAUGCAGUCCUCCCUGCAGCACCCCCAAGGUCACAUCUGA